GAGUGUUGCUUCAUUUUUGGAAUCGUGUUAUGAACCUGAUUAUCUAAUCUAUGUGACUUGAAGUAGUAAUAGUAAGUUUAUAUUGUUUAGAUAAAGUUAAUUUUUCUAUUGUUUGAUAAAAAAAAAGUUAGUGUAAUAUAAGUAAAUGAAAAAGUUACUGACAAGUUAUACCAUACGUAUAACAUUUUGCCAUAUGGGUCAGACAAAUGGCUCGAAUGAACUAAAACAUUACCAAAAGAUAUGAUUUUGACUUUAUGGUCUUAAGUUGAUAGGUUAGGUUUAUUUAAGAAAUUGUUGAGAUGGAUUUAGGCGUAAAUGGGGGUGUUUGGGAUUGGUUAAUAAAACGGUCGAUGCCUUUUAAGCUAAGUAUCAAGAUAUGGUAGAGAAGAAGUUGUUAAUAUCUAAGGAUAUAAAGAAUCACAAUCAGAUAGGGAGUUAAAUGAGUUAUUCCCAAAUUUGCAUAUUCAAACGUCUUAGCUGACGUUUAAACAUGGCUCAACCUGAUUGUAACCAGCUUUGUAAAUAUGUAUAGCUUUUUUGUAAUUUUCUGUAUAGUUUUUUGGUUAAAUUAUUUUUCAUAUUGUAUUUUAUGUAAUUAGGUUUUGAUUCUAUUGAUUUUGGAAAAAGAAGGUUAUGUUUGGAAGUAGAUUUGAUCUCUAAACUGUUUUAUGUUUCAUGAUGUUGAGAGGAGUACAUCUAGAGUUGUAUUUUAUGUUGUUUGAUGAGUUUUUUGCAUGAAAGAACUUUAAUGGGAAUGUUAAAAUUGAGAUAAUUGUAUUCAAUCAUGAGUAAAACUGUCUAUUAUUUGAACUGCACUAUUCUUUAGGGAUGGAAUGGUUCAUCUGAACACUUUUUUCACUUUCAUUUAUCUCCAUUUUAGAAUCUAUGUUUGUUGGUGCAUUGUUGAUGAGCAAAUUUAAACUAUAUAAGGAGGUUAUGGUUGGGCCACCAAAUUAAGUAGCAAAUGGGUUGUAGGUGGGUACGAGGGCGAUUGUUGGUGGUUGAGAAAAAGGGGGAAGAUUGGGUUUCUGAAGCUUAAAUCGCGACUAAUAGGCGGUUUUGAGGUUAGCUAAUCUUCUCUUCUUUCUUUUGUCCUUCCACUGUUAUUGAUACAUUGGUUGCAAUUGGUAUCCAGGGCCUAAUUCAAAGAUUUCCUUUUAUUCAAUAUGUUUUGUUUUCUGUUUUCAUUAGUUUUCUUAUUUCAAAUCUAUAUAAUAUGGUUCUGUAUUUUAUGCUAUUAGUGUUCAUCGAGAUUAUGCUAUACAAGCUGUAAGUUUAAUCACUAUAUUUGGGGUUUUAUGUUUUUUUCUUAAUUUUUUUUAUUGCAAAUAUAUAUAACUCUUCUGUUUUGAUAUUUAGAUGUACACAAACAAUGAGGAGUCGUCGAGAGAGGAACGCCAUGCUUGAAAAUAUGUGUUGGAGGAUUUGAAAUUUAGCUCGCCAGAAAAGCAGGUUUUAUAUUUAUAAAUUUGGUUGAAUGUUGGUAUUUUUUUUCCUUUUGGUGUUUAUGCCAUUAGUAGUUGAUUUAGUUGGUGAAUUGUAUCCGCUAAAAAAAAGAAUAACUAUUAUGUUUUAGAGUAAAUUGCCAAAAUCGUCCCUGAGGUUUGGGCAUGUUUGUUAUUUUCAUCUAAAACAACUUUUUUGUACAAUAUAGUCCUUUAUUUUUGGGAUUUUUUGCCAUUUCAUCCAAAUGUUUUACUUUUUUGCCAAAAUCGUCCCUGAGAUUUGGGAAUCAUAAAAAAUUGUUUAUGUCGAAAAUGAUUAAAUGGUCAGCUUUUCAUGCUCAGAUGAGUUGUUCUAGAAUAUGUAAAUUUCCUAUCUGUUCGAUCUUGAUGGAGUCACGUAGAAGGGUUUUAGGGUUUUUUGGUCAAUUGAUUUCAAGAAUUAGAUGCUAAAACCAUUCAUUCCACCAUAGCUAUGGCUGACGUUGACAGAAGUCUUCACAACCUUCCUUCCGUCGUAGCUCCGGUUCAAAAUCGAUGUCUCUUCUCCAGUCACAGUGUAAUUUUCUUGCUCUAAUUUUGAAUUUAGUAUAACACUCGGGAUAGACUGAAUUUUGUCCAGUGGCAUACUAAUGAUCUUCAUUUGGUCAAAAUCAAAUUUCAAAACCGAUGCCUCUUCUCCGUUCACAGUAAUUCUUUGUAUAUGUAUAUAUAUAUAUAUAUAUAUAUAUUUUGUUUUUGGUGCUGAUCUUUAUGGUGAUUUUGAUGGUUAUGGCAAAAAGAAAAGUAAAUUUGGUCAUAGGUCAUGCCACGGUUCUGUAUUAAAGGUGGCAAAAUAUUACCUUCGUUUAUUAUUAUAAUUGUGUAUUAUUCCAGUUAUAAGUUAUAUCAUCUACUUUUGAUAAAAAAAACAUGUUUUUUGGUAGUUUUUUAAUGAGAGCAAGGCCGCAACGAUCAUGGUUUGUGGACAAUGCCAUUCGUCUUGAUUGCUAUAGGGAGUUGAUCGACCAUGAUUAGUUAUUUCAUGAUCUUUAUAUUGAUUUUCAGUUUUUCUAAAAUGGUUAAUUUUCUACUGGAACAUAAUUGCAGUUUAUGGAGGCUAAUUUCUUUGUCUAGCAGAUACCGAUGUCCCAUAUGCUCAAACUCGGUGUCUUAUAUGUCUGAUACAUGGCAAAGAUUAGACCAGCAGAUUGGAUCUGUAUGCUCUAAUAAGAUGGGAAAAACCAGGGUUUAUCCAAUGGUGAUGAAUGGGUUUUCAAAUACAUCGGGAAAAGAAGUGAAGGACCAAACUGUUGAUUUGUUUGGGCAGGCCGCAAAAGGGUCUUUUUUGAAACAUUAGUACAAGGAUUGCAAGGUCAGUGUCACCUUUACAAGUGCGGUUUGUAAUGAGAUUGAAGCUGGUAGCGUGGUUGUCGUUAACUUGGGUUGGAAUUUUGAGUAACAUACAGGUUCAUAUAAGUUCUAAAAGAGUUAGUAGUGUUGUAUUUGCUUUAUUCAAGUUAAUGUGUGAAAACAUUAAACAUUUGAACAAUUAACCUUCGAUGACAUUUACAAUAGCCUAUAGGUGUAAUGAUGCACCGAGCGUGAAUCAAUUUCUAGCACCUAAAUCAUUAGCUUAUGAGUGCUCUUUGAUGUAACAUUU